UUCAGCGCUAUUGCUACACCUUGAGUCUGCGCAAAUCUUGUUGCAACAUGGUAAGCUACGUUGGAAAUUGCACUUGUCCUGGGAGUUUGACAUCUUAAGCUUUUUAGCGGCUGGUUUGGUGAUUAGAAGUCAGUUCGCGGACAAAAUUCACGUUGGCUGUGAGGUUCUGCUCUCGUGACACCCUCGAACGUCACCCAAUUCCGGCUAUACCUCUAUUCGCGUUAAACUGGCAAACAAUCGCCGUCUGGCUUCGGGGUAAUGCAAUAGCCUAUUAUUCGUCAAAACAAAAUUUUGGCGUAGCGCGAAUUUCCGUGAACUGGACCAAACUUCUAAACGUUCAGAACUUUUUGCAGACCUUAAGUGUAUGGGAAUGCUACGAAGGGAAACCUCGCAGUCUUACCAAGAGUUUAGUGAUGGUGCGGGUGAACAAAUUCCAGACCUGUGUCAGGAGGACGUACUGGAUGAGGAGCCUGACGAAUCCAAAGAUGCUUUUCAAGAAACGGAAGACCAUGCUGUCGUCAGUUACCCCCUGAUGGGGUUUGACAAAGCCUGCCUGAAGAACGUUUUCUCCACCAUACUGAUGUUAAUCUACCUGAUGUUGACCACUGGGGCUGCCUUCCUGGCCUAUCAGACCAUCACAGACUUCAUGCAGAAACUCAACCACCCAGUCAUGUCUGUCACCUACAAAGAGGUGGACUACUUUGAGCCUGCAGGCAUUUCUCUGUACCUUGGGAAGGCACAGCUGUUGAGCUGUAUGCAUCACCACCAUGACCACAUCCCACCCUUGGUGUCACCAGGGCAACCAGAGAUAGGGGACUGUGUGACAGAGGAGGUCACCUACACAGCCCCCUACUCAAACCACACUACGAGGAAGGCUUUGGUGGUCCAGGGCCCAACAGAUGUCAGGAACCGAGAGCUGAUUUUCCUGCAGUUGAGUCAGAAUUUGACUGAGGAGGAUUUCAGUGCAAUCAGCUACAUGCUCUUCUCCAAAUUCAGUGACCUGAUCAACAGCAGGAACAAAGCCAGCUUCAUGCAGGACUGUGAGAGGAACUACUCCAUGUGGACAUUCUCCGGAGGGUUCCGUACAUGGGUGAAAAUGUCCCUAGUGAAGACGUCUGGGAAGGAAGUGAAGUCUGUGGAGUUCCGGCAGGAGUCCGGUGUGGUGAAGUACAAUGACAAGAGACCAGAGACAGAGAGAACCAAUGAGCUUUUCUUCGUUGUGUUUCAGUGGAGGGAUCCUUUUAUCCAGGAAGUUCAAGAUAUUGUGACUGCAAACCCCUGGAAUACUAUUGCCAUCCUCUGUGGGGUCUUCCUGGCUCUCUUCAAGGCAGCUGACUUUGCCAAACAAAGCGUCAAGUGGAUGAUCAAAAUCCGGAAAAGACACUUAAAACGGCGACAGAGGGAGCUGACCCACAUCACCUGAGAGACAAGUCGCCUUAACAACCAACCAUCAACUGUCCAUCAGCUAACCAGCUGCAAAAGAUGUGGGUCACAGUGUUCCAUUUUUACAGCUAAACUCCCUGCCACACUACAAUAUUUGCGUUCAUUUAAAUAUUUAUUUUUUUGAAGUUAAUAUAUUUUUUCAUUUCAAGGUUGCAUGCCAGCAUACAAAAAAUAUAAAAAGCAUCUUUAUUUUUAUGUCCGAUGUUUCUACAUUUUUUUUUUUUUUUUUUUUUUUUUUUAAACCAUCUUUCAGUUUUUACUGAUUUGGAAUUAUCAGGAUGGUUUUGAACACUGACAAUUUAAGUCUUUUUAGCAUAGAUAAUUAUUUUGGGCUUCCCCAUUACACAGUAGAAAACAAGACAAAAACGAAUCUACCAUAACAGCAGAGGGAUAACCUAAGUGAUAUUUUCAUAUUUCCAUAAAAAAUGUACUACAGCCGUAUGGCUGAUCUUUUAGUUGUUGCAGCACCAAAUUGUUCCAGAUGAGCAUUUUUCAACUUUUCUUUUCCAACAGUUUUUUUUUUUUAACUGAAGCUGUGUUUCACCAAAGACUGAACAGUCAUUUACAUUUCAGUGGACUACAAAAGUAUAACAAGUUAUGUAAAAUUGCUGUACACACAGCAUGAAUUGUUACGUGUUUGAAAAAGGGUGUAUUCUGCCUGUGAGUCUGUUUGCCGUUUCAUUCUCUUUCAUCUUUUGCAUUGCAUGUGAUGUUCUUCCUGAGAAGGGAAAUGUAUAGUAUGCAGGUUAGAGAUGAACUAGAGAGAUUUAGUACUUUCAGAUGAUUUUGUAGCCAUACCUGACACAAUUAUUUGUGAUCCAGCAACUUGUCAUUUCUUUUUAAGUAAAGCAAAUAUUAGCUGAAGAAUUUUUUGACAUUCGAAACACAAAUUGGUAAUAAAUUACAGAAAUGUUUGGAGGUUAUCACACAUAAUGCAUUGCAUUUUUUAAAUGUCUUAAGCCUGUGAGCCAAUCAAGAACUAAAUAAGAAACUUGCCAGAGCUUCAACAAAUGUACAAAUUCAUGCAGAUUAGCUGGUGUAUUACAGAGUGAAAGAAUCCCACUGCCUUUUUGUGUUUCAGUGGACACAUGGUAAUUAGCAUCAUCCCAAUUGUAUGGAUGAUGUUCGAGUGGAAAAAAAUAUAUAUAAAAUUGUUUUUAGAUCAACAGGAAACAACAAAUUGCAUUGUCAGCCCAUGACCCUUAGAGAUAAGUUCUCAUUGUUGGUUCUUCACUGUAUUUCCUCAGGUUUAAAAGGCUCUUGCCUUAUGGGGAUAAGGGAUAUGUAUACUUGAUGCCUUUUGGCCAAGGGAAAAGGUGAAAUGUGAAAAGUAAAGUUACUGACUUAAUUGCAGACGAACUCCUGCAAUACAUAAACAGUUUACCUUCCUUGUGGAAAAACUGGAUCCAUUCACUGUCACCUGAAAAAUACUUGAGAUGUGGGGAGGAUUUUGUGAUCUAAUGUGCAAUAAAAUCUUUCAUUUAACAACUAC